CCUGAGCACCUGGAGAUGGAAGCCGGGAGCAGAUCCAAGAUUCCACUUCAGAGUGGAUCAAGAUCUGCUCCAGAGGAAGCAGAGAUCCCUCAAGAGUUGAUUGAAAGGCUGGCUCACAGCGAGAUUCACAGCAUACGGGAUUUGCAGCGUCUCCUGGAAAUUGAUUCCGUAGGUUAUGAUGAUACAGCAGAAACCAAUCUAAUUUCUCGCCCCAUCCACUCAGCCAAGCUGUUGCAAGACAACCACCCUAGAACUAUUCGCAGAAAAAGAAGCGUUGAGGAAGCCAUUCCUGCAGUCUGCAAGACGCGGACGGUGAUCUACGAGAUCCCUCGGAGUCAAAUUGACCCGACUUCUGCCAACUUCCUGAUAUGGCCUCCCUGUGUGGAAGUGAAGCGGUGCACCGGAUGUUGCAACACCAGCAGUGUGAAGUGCCAACCCUCGCGGAUACACCACAGAAAUGUCAAGGUGGCCAAAGUGGAAUAUGUUAGAAGAAAACCCAAAUUAAAGGAAGUUCUGGUGAAGUUAGAAGAGCACAUGGAAUGCACUUGUACAAUGUCAAAUUCCAAUCCAGAUUUUCGAGAAGAAGAAACAGGCAGACGUAGGAAAAAAGGUAAAAAACGACGGAAAUGGUUAAAACCCUCCUUAAAAUGGAGCCCAUGACCAGAUGUCAGGUGAAAAUAAGCUAGAAAAGAUUUCUUUCCGGGACUCGAAUGUACAGGAUCUGUUACAUUCCUGAACCUACGCUGUAUGGUGCUUUCUGGAUAAAUACUUCACUCAUCUUCCUAUCUGGGGGGGAAAACUGGUUGAGAGAGAGAGAGAAAGAGAGAGAGAGAGAGAGAGAGAGAGAGAGAGAGAGAGAGAGAGAGAAGAGGGGGGAGGGAGGGAGAGAGAAACACACAAUGACACACACAGACAUACACACUCACUUCACCAGAACACAAGAGACAAAUGUAUAGUUGUUUAAUUAUGACAUCGCAGGAAGUACUGUAGCAGUCUGCAAAAUAAUACGACGUUUCCCUAUCCAUGAAAUCGAGAAACAGUGACGUGAAUGGAAUGAGAAGAAGAUGAGGAUGAACAAUGAACACUACGUGGACAGCAGACUUCCUAAAAAAACUGUCAAUGGUGCUUUUAUUUUAUUCCCCUCUUGUCCGUUUUAUUUUUCUCGAGAAAUGUGCCCGAGGCCAAGAUGCUGACGGACAGAUUCAAAUGGAGUUUGGAGACACGCACACACACAUACACACAAACAACAACGGCACAAUGAUGACAACCACCAAGGAAAUGUAUCAAAUGCCAGGGCAGAAUCUAGAGUGGGUUUUUUUUAAUUUUAUUUUAAUUUUAAUUUUUUUUGGCUUGGUGAUUUAAAAGUCUAUUAAAAAAAUCCAUCUGGGGCGCCUUAAGUGUUCGUUUUAUUUGGGGUUGUGUUUUUUUUUUUUACACCAUCAAGUUAUUGAGCUUUUCUUUUUAUUCUUUUGCCUAGCAUUUUAUUAUCUCUCUCUUUUUUUUUUGUUUUGGACUACAUUUACCAAUAAUCCGAUAUAAGAGACUGGUGUAGCGGCAAUGAAAUGGGAUCAUGCAAGACUUUGGCGUUUUUAUUUCUCCUAGCAGGGGGUGCAGACUAAUGAAAUGUAUUAAAAUAAAAAUGGUAUACCUAUGCAUAAUUUUCUAAAUGUUUCUUGGUUUGUCUACCCUUUUUUCCUUUCUCCCCUGGCCUCUUCCUUUUUCACAAUAUAUUAUUUAAAGCAAGUAUUUGGGUUUCUUCCCCACCUCUCCUUUGCCCUUCAGAGAGUUGCUGAAGCAAGAUGGCGGACAGGCUUCAUUGGAUGAUGUCAUGGUUGCCAUCUUUUCUUGGAGAGUAUAGCCAAGAAAUGAUGGACAAACUGUUGGGAAGUUUCCUAACAGUUAGAACAAUUAACCAGUGGAACGGCUUCCCUCUAGAAGAUGUAAAUGCUCCAACACUGGAGUUUUUUAAGAAGAGAUUGGACAACCAUUUGUUUGGAAUGGUGUAGGGUUUCCUGUUUGGGCAGGGUGUUGGAGUAGAAGACCUCCAAGAUCUGUUAUAUUCUGUUAACUGGAAGGUAUUGGUUUGUGAUCACUUACUAUAAAUCAUAUUUACUUAAAUUUCAUGGCUCAAAAGCAGAGCCCAAUCAUGAGAAAACUUCAAGAUGAUUGGACGAAGAAUGCUAAUUCUUACCCUCUAGAGAAUGCAAAGUUGUGUCUUCAAAUGAAUGUUUAAUUCUCAAUGGGGUUCAGAGGUUCCAUAAAUUCCUUGGUUUUCUUGAAGAUGCAGAGUUGGAGAAUAAUUUUUAAGAAUGUUGACAAAAGGCUUGGUGUGGGUAAGCGAGCACUAGGUUAAAUGCAAGUAAAACCAAACCAAACCUUUGUGGGAAAACCAACUCAUUUUGCUGAUUUCAUCUGUUCAGUGGUGUGAGAUGUACAAAAUUCUUCUUGUUACUCCUACUGUAUUGAUAUCGCUGUGGCCUGGAACACCUUGCUGGAAAACAUAAAAUUCUUUAUUUUUGGUAUUAAACAAAGAGAAAAAAAA